CGACGACAUUGUCGUCUGCAUCGGCGAGUCUCACAAGUCCCAGAGUUUCAUUGGCAGCUAGUAUAUCAUAAAACAGCCAACAAAUUGCAAUUUACGGACAGUGCACUGAGGCCACGACUGACAUCCUAGCAAGAUAAAAAAUAUAAAACAUAUGUUCUAUGCAACAACUAGUCAACAAUUAUUUAUCAUCUGCCCCCGACUAUCAUUAUACUUCGGGUUAUCAAUUAUUAUUAGAUAAAUAUAAUCUUAAUAUAUAAAUAUUAUAAUAAAUUGUAUUAUUUUUAAAACAAUCAUUGACAUCGCUGUAUUCAGUAUUGGUUCAAAUUUAAAUUAAAUAUUUUUAGUAACUCCAGAGUUCGGACUUCAUAGUAGAUCUACUUGAUCUUCGAUUAAAUUUCAUGAAAUACUACAAUUCUACCUAGUAGAAGCACUGAGAUAGAACAUAACAUGCAUAAUAUAUUUGAGGGUAGAAGUAGUAGAGUAAGUGAUUAUGACGGUCACGUUGCUUCUAGUUUCAGACGUCCCAGCGAUGAAGAUGAAGAUAAAAUACCAAAAGAAGUUUACAGUGAAAAAAGUCCACUUGUCAAUAAGACAGUUCCUAAAACUAUAACAAUAGCUCAACAAAUUGCUGCUGAGAGCAUAGAAACCCAAAUAAAAACUCAUAAAGGAAAUCAGUAUUUAGCUGCAUUAAUUGUGACUAUUGGAGGGUUUAUCAUGGGUACAACACUUGGAUGGACGGCUCCUGCAGGUCCAAUGAUGGAAAACGGCCAAUACGGGUUCCAAAUUACUGUGGAAAAUGUCUCAUGGAUAGCAUCGGUCAUGCCACUUGGUGCCAUGUUAGGAUGUCCGGUUAUGGCUGGUCUAGUCAACAAGUUAGGACGUAAACAUCUAAUGAUAAUGUUGACCAUACCUACACUCUUUGGUUGGGCGAUGGUAAUAUGGGCUAAAUCUGUGGUAUGGAUAUGUGCAGGCAGAUUUUUAACUGGAUUUUCUAGUGGUUCAUACUCUGUUAUUGUACCUUUGUACACUUCAGAAAUAGCUGAAAAGGAAAUUCGUGGUACUUUAGGUACUUAUUUUCAGUUACAAGUCAAUGCAGGAAUUUUGUUCACCUAUGUAAUAGGAUCCUAUCUUAAUGUAUUUGAUCUAUCUGUAGCUUGUGCAAUAGUUCCAGUGAUUUAUGUAUGCUUAAUGUUUUUAAUACCAGAAAGUCCAAUUUUCUAUCUUAUGAAAGGAAAUGUUGAAAAAGCUCAGUUAUCACUGAAAUAUUUCCGCAAGCCUGUUGUUCAUGUACAUCAAGAAUUAAAUACCAUGCAGAGCGCAUUAGCUAAAACUGAAAGGGAAAGAGUUCCAAUUGCGGAAGCAUUCCAAACUACACCUGCCAAACGAGGAUUAUUCUUAGGUCUUGGAGUUAUGGUUUUCCAACAGUUUUGUGGGUGUAAUGCCGUUAUUUUCUAUGCUACAACUAUCUUCAAUGCAACUGGGAGUUCAAUUGGAUCAAAUACAUCCACAAUUAUUAUUGGCAUCAUGGCUGUAGUGUCCACAUAUGUAUCAACGCUUGUCGUUGAUAAAUUAGGACGAAAAAUACUGUUAUUGUAUUCUGUUGUUGUAAUGGGAAUUUGUACAUUCCUUAUUGGUGGAUUUUUUUACGCAAAGGAAUUUCACUAUAAUAUUACAUCUUUUGGGUUUAUCCCAUUAAUGUCGUUAUGUUUAUUCAUAAUAUUAUUCUCCAUUGGUUUUGGUCCUAUCCCAUGGAUGUUGAUGGGUGAAAUAUUCCCAGCUCAAAUUAAAGGUAUUGCUAGCUCAAUAGUUUGUAUGUCAAACUGGCUAUUCGUCUUCUUGGUCACCAAAUUUUUCACACUCUUGGUAUCUGCCAUUUAUUUAUACAACACAUUUUGGCUAUUCACAUUGUUCAGUGUAUUGGGAACAUUCUUUGUGGUCUUUUUUGUCCCUGAAACUAAAGGUAAGACCAUGGAAGAAAUUCAAGAAAUGCUUGGGGCUGAUCACAUUCCACUAUUAACAGAAAAUCAAAAUGAUCUCUCCGGCCACACGAUGACCACUUUAGCGUCUUACGACGAAACUGAAGGGCCAGAUGGAAGCCUCAAGAGUGACAAUGGCCGAGACAGAAUUCCAUCGCUUAAGGAAGUCUAUUGUGAACAGAGUCCUCUUCUUGACAAAACAUUGUAUCAAACUAUGCAUUUGCCCCAAAACGUAACGUUUGGCUGUGAAAAUACACAGUACAGGACUCAAUAUUUAACAACAUUGAUCGUAACUAUCGGCGGGUUCAUCAUGGGCACAACACUUGGAUGGACUUCUCCAGCUGGCCCAAUGAUGGAAAAUGGCCAGUAUGGGUUCCUUAUUACUGAUGACGACAUUUCAUGGAUUGCGUCGUGCAUGCCACUUGGUGCUAUACUUGGAUGUCCAGUUAUGGGUUGUCUAGUGAACAAAUUGGGGCGUAAAUGUCUGAUGAUAAUGUUAACUAUUCCCGCGCUCUUAGGAUGGGGGAUGAUAAUCUGGGCCAAUUCUCUGACAAUGAUCUGUAUCGGGAGACUUCUAAAUGGAUUUGCAAGUGGUUCAUACUCUGUGAUUGUACCACAAUACACCUCUGAAAUAGCUGAUAAAGAAAUACGAGGUACUUUGGGCACUUAUUUUCAGUUACAAGUAUUUUCAGGUAUCCUGUUUACCUAUGUCUUGGGAUCAUUUUUGGAUGUAUUUGGUCUGUCUAUUGCUUGUGCAAUAAUUCCAGUGAUCUACUUAGGUUUGAUGUUUUUUGUACCAGAAAGUCCAAUUUUCUACCUAACUAAAGGAAAUAUUAUAAAAGCUCGAUUGUCAUUGAAAUAUUUCCGUAGACCUUUUGGUCAGGUGGACCAAGAAUUAAUUACAAUGCAAGAUUCUUUGGCUAAAACUGAAAGAGAAAGAGUUCCAGUCAUGAAAGCUUUCCAAACUACACCAGCCAAGCGCGGGCUAUUCUUAGGCCUUGGAGUUAUGGUUUUUAUGCAGUUUACGGGAUGUAACACUGUUAUUUUCUAUACCACAACCAUCUUCAAUGCAUCUGGUAGCUCAAUAAGCUCAAAUGCAUCCACAGUUAUUGUUGGUAUCAUGGCUGUUUUGUCUACUUACGUGUCAACACUUGUUGUAGAUAAAUUAGGACGAAAGAUUCUGCUUUUGUAUUCAGUUAUUGCAAUGGGAAUUUGUACAUUUCUCAUUGGUGGAUUUUUCUAUGCAAAGGAUUUCAAUUAUGACGUCUCAUCAAUUGGGUAUAUCCCACUAUUGUCAUUGUGUGUAUUCAUAAUAUUAUUCUCCAUCGGUUUUGGUCCUAUCCCAUGGAUGUUGAUGGGUGAAAUAUUUCCAGCUCAAAUUAAAGGAAUUGCCAGCUCAAUAGUAUGUAUGGCAAACUGGUUCUUUGUAUUCUUGGCCACUAAAUUUUUCUCAUUAUUGGUAUCUACUAUUUAUUUAUACAACACAUUUUGGCUCUACACGUUGGUCAGUGUGUUGGGCACAUUUUUUGUGGUAUUCAUUGUUCCUGAAACUAAGGGCAAGACAAUGGAAGAAAUUCAGUUGUUGCUUGGUGCAUAACCUACUACCAGACAGCUUUGGAUGUAAACAACUUCUGGAGUCUUAACCUUUAUCAUAAGAUGUGAAAUAAUAUUUAUUUUGUCCUUGUAGUUGUAUAUAUUAUUAUAUUUUUUAGUAUUAUAAACUUCUUAAAGGUCACUUAUGUUUUAUACACAACCGUUAUAAAUCCAAAAUAUUUUUAGAAAUGUUAAUAUUGUUUAAAUUUAAAAUUACAUUCAACGUUUUGAAGUAUGAUACCUACUUUAACAUUAAAAUUAUAAUAAAAUGUUUACGAUAUGUUAAAUUAUUAAAUUUUUUAAAAUAUU